CAGCUCCUCACGUGAAAGCGCACAUUUACGACGGACAGCAAAGGCAACACUGUCCAACCCUCGUUCAUCAUGGCUUCCAUGCUAACACCGUACUGUAGAUGUUUUAAGGGGCUUAGCUCGGACGAAAUGUCACUACAAUCCCACUAAAAACGUCUCCUUGGACGUCAUAUCUGGUGCGAAUCAAAUUUAACGCAUACGUUGUCCUGCCUGGUUGAUUUAUAACGUGUUAUGGGAGUGAGACAGACACGGGUGGUCUGUGGAGCGGCGAGCUGUCAACGACGAUGUCCGGGGGAAACGAGCCCUCCUUAGUGGCUCACUGACGAUCGCAUCGUGGAUGUCGUAGGCCUGGGAUCAGCCUAAAUUUGAAUCAUGCCUGGAAAACUAAAAGCAAAAAUUGUGGCAGGCCGCCACUUGCCCAUCAUGGAUAGAGCCAGUGAGCUUACAGAUGCUUUUGUAGAGGUCAAGUUUGGAAACAUAACAUUCAAAACAGACGUAUGUCCCAAAUCUCUAAAUCCCCAGUGGAACUCGGAAUGGUUCAAAUUUGAGGUUGAUGAUGAGGACCUGCAAGACGAGCCGCUGCAGAUCACCGUGUUGGACCAUGACACAUACAGUGCAAACGAUGCCAUUGGGAAGGUUUACAUAGAUAUUGACCCGCUGCUGUGCAGUGAGGCCGCUUCAGUCAUCUCCGGCUGGUUUCCCAUCUACGACACCAUCCACGGUAUCCGUGGGGAGAUUAAUGUCCUGAUCAAAGUUGAGCUCUUCAAUGACUUGAACCGCUUCAGACAAUCGUCCUGUGGAGUCAAAUUCUUCUGCACCACCUCCAUACCGCGAUAUUACAGAGCGACAAUGGUCCACGGCUUUGUGGAGGAGCUUGUGGUGAAUGAAGACCCUGAGUACCAGUGGAUCGACCGCAUCAGAACCCCUCGAGCCUCCAAUGAAGCCCGCCAGAGGCUCAUCUCGCUUAUGUCAGGGGAGUUGCAGAGGAAGAUAGGUCUCAAAGUGCUAGAGAUGGGAGGGAACGCAGUGGUGGGCUACCUGCAAUGUUUCGACCUGGAGGGAGAAUCAGGCCUGGUGGUGCGGGCCAUAGGUACUGCCUGCACUCUGGACAAAGUCACCUCUGGAGGCGCUACCGCCACUUCUAUCACCACUGCUACCACACACACGCACCCGAGCACGGCUCCCGCUUCCAAUGCGUGCAAUUCCCCUUCUAAGGACGGAAAGGAGCCGGUAUUUGGUGAGGACCUUCCCUUGUCAACUGGCCCGUCCACCCCUUUCAGAGCCCUUCCUACCUCCCCCUUUUCUCCAACCCCUUUCUCUCCCCCUCAAGCCAGCCGCCAGUCCUCAUCAUCAGACACAGACCUCAGUUUGACGCCCAAGACGGGGAUGGGCAGUGGGGGCAGUGGUGGCAAGGAGGCGGGACCCCUGAAGACGCUGCUCAGACAGCAGACACAGACAGUUCUGGAGCAGAGGGAGUUUCCCUUCUUCACGUUGACAUCUUUCCCAGCUGCCUUUCUGGUCCAUGUGGGCGGAGUUGUCAGCGCUCGCUCGGUCAAACUGCUGGACCGCAUACACAACCCCGAUGAGCCAGAGACCCGCGACGCCUGGUGGGAGGAGAUACGACAGGAGAUCAAGUCUCAUGCCAAAGCUCUUGGUUGCCAUGCCGUCGUUGGAUACAGCGAAAGCACCAGCAUCUGCGAGGAGGUGUGCAUCCUGUCUGCAUCUGGCACGGCAGCCAUUUUGAAUCCUCGCUACAUGCGGGAAGGCUGUUUGGACGUAGGAAGCACAGACCACAGGUUUGAAGAGCCAUCUCCCUCAAGUUGCGGCUUCUGUCACAUACCUUACGAUGAGUUCAACAUGCCCUUUCCUGCUCAGCUCACCUACUGCUACCUCUGCAGACGACAAAAGGUCCCUGAUGUUCUGUUCACAACAAUCGACCUGCCAUCAGAAGCAGCCAUCACAGGGAAAGGCUGCCUCAUUCAGGCCAGGCUAUGCCGUCUGAAGAAGCGAGCCCAGGGAGAGGUGAACGCCACAGCCAUCUCCAACCUGCUUCCUUUUAUGGAAUACGAACUACACACUCAAUUGAUGAACAAGCUGAAGCUGCACAGCAUGAACGCUCUGUUCGGCCUUCACAUACAGAUUAGCAUUGGCGAGAACAUGCUGCUGGGUCUGGCGUCCGCCACAGGAGUGUAUCUGACUGCCCUCCCGACACCAGGAGGCAUCCAGGUCGCAGGGAAGACUCCAAGCGACCUGAGCAACGAGCACCACAUGUUGACUAUCCAAAAGAGGAUUAAUGACACCAUCGCCAAGAACAAAGACCUCUAUCAGAUCACUCUGCCGGAGCUCAUUGAGGAAGUGGUGGGGUCUCCCAUUCCUGAGCCCAAACAAAGAACCAGGAUUUUCCGCUCACACUCAGAAAGCUCAGAUGAGCUAUCAGAACUUGAUCUUUCUCAUGGGAAGAAGGAUGCUUUUGUCCUGGAGAUUGACGACACUGAUGCCGUGGAAGAUAUUCACUCCCUACUCAUGGAUGCCUCACCUCCCACGGGGUUCCACAGCUGUAACACUGAGAUCAUGCCUGGGAUUUACAACUGGACCUCGGGAGUACAGAUGUUUACAUCUGUGAGGGUAUUAAGGUUGAGUAAUACCAAUCUCACCAAUCAAGGCUUGAAUAAGAUCUUCACUGACCUGUGUGAGAACUUGCUGAAGAGUUUGUACUUCAAGUUGCGCUCUAUGAUCCCCUGCUGUAUUUGUCAUCUGAACUUCACUGUUGCAGUACCAGAAGAAGAACUCAUACAAGUUGGUGUGACAGCGGUUGCCAUGACGUUCGACAAGGACCAAACCCAGGACAAGCCAGUGGAAAAGCCUGUCACCAAAGGGUGCAGUGAGACCGAAGAGCAGCUGCAGUUUCCCUUGGAGCUCUCGGCCGAUUCUCCAUCCGCCAACAUUCAGCUACCAUCUAAAACCUCAGGCAUCCCAGCAAAUACCACUGUGUCAUCCAGAGCUGCCUCCGUUGAUUACGGUUCCUUUGCAGACAGAUGCAGCACCUGGCUAGAGCUGCUUAGGCUGAAAGCUCACACCAUAAGACGAGGAUCAGUUAAGACAAUCUCAUCCCUGGAGCGCUCCAGUCCUCUGACCGAGGGCCGUUCCCGCUCACUGCGCUCCAACCGCUGCUCAUUCGGAGGAAGCUCGGUCACGGUUGUGAAGAUGACGCCACUUUCCUUCCUCCCCGCCACGCGGGUAGUUAAAUACUUGGGCAUCAUCAACAUGUUCUUCAUUCGAGAGACCACGUCAUUACGAGAGGAAGGUGGUGUGAGUGGCUUCCUCCAUUCAUUCAUAGCAGAGGUUUUUGCCAUGGUCCGUGCCCACGUUGCAGCUCUGGGUGGGAAUGCAGUUGUGUCCUACAGCAUGAAGGAGUGUGUGUUAAUGGAAAAUCCCAAUAAGAAUCAGGCUCAGUGUCUUAUCAAUGUGAGUGGCGAUGCCGUCAUAUGCGUGAGGGAAUCUGAUCAGGAGCCCGCGUCCUCCACGGCAAACCUCAGCCAAGCUUGCACCACGGGAAUGGAAGGGGCCACAUGACACCAGCCAUUAAACACACAUGCACAUACAAUCUAGCCGUCCAAAUGUGAGGAAUCUUGUCUGCCUUAACUUAGUCAAGGAUUUCCAAAGUUCAAAUAUAAGUCAUGAUUACAACACAUGCGCACAAAAGGAAAUUUGAAAUACUGACAUCGCACAAAAGAAAAUUACAAAUACUGACUUGGAUUUUUGUCGCGUUUAUCCACCAGAAUUGCUUGAAACGAUGCCCAAAGAAGCACUUAACAUUUACCUCAUGUGUCGGCCCAAACCUUCCCAGUAUCGUUCGACUGUGGUUACCAGCUACAAUCACUUUAACAAUCCACGCGCCUAAAAUGGGGUACAAGUGUACUGACCCUUAACAUUGUAACCGAUUUUUAGAUGUGAAAACACCAACAAGACGAGUAGAAAAAUCAGCAAGUGUGUCUGUUACGCUUGUAUAGUAUGUUGUGUAUGCAGAUGACUAACAACACUUCAGACAUAUACAGCAACAAAUCUUACUCAAACCAGGUAUUUGUCAUACUACAAAGACUAACUUGUGAAAGGCAGCAUGGUGGCAGGACAUCUACACUGACGAAAAGUAAUGAGCAGGUUUAACUUUACAUUUGUUAGCGCUGACCAUUUUCCAAGGGGGUGAAAUUGGGUGGGUGUAAAGGGGAAAAAAAAAGUCACACCCCACACAGAUAAUAAACGAGGGUAUUGUAUCAGAGACAUCAGCUAAUUGGGCCUUUGCUGACUUGGAGGAGGUAAAAUGCGCAGAUUUGGUCCGAUUGCUGGUAUGUUAGUGUACACCACUUCAGUCAUUGGUCCAAGGGAGUGUACAAUAUUUCUAAUGCACUUGGAAACCGCUUCCGUGUUUUUACCGGUAAUCGUCAACAUUUCAGAGAGGGAUUUUUAAAGCGACUUUCAUCACCAUACACGCGUUUGCCAAAUCCGUUUUGUUGUGUCUUUAUUAUCAAAGCUUUUCAAGUACAGUAUUGCUGACGGAAAGUAUCACCAAGAACGUUUCUUAAUAAUAACCAGGUCAGAGCCCCUGUUGUGCCCAGUUAAGUUUGCUGUACCUUAUAAAAUGAACACGUUACGGUUUUACUGCAAAUGGCACAUUUGGGUUCCACAUGGUAUGUAUUUGUUUGGUCAGCUUGCAUCGCUGCUGUUUUAGUGUAGAGAAUGUCCUAAUCCUGCUACUGAUUUUUGGCUGUAUGAUGUUUAUUGAUGGAAAUACUUUUAUUUCCCCCCCAUGUGUAUAACUAUACAGACUGUAAAUUUGCUUUGUAAUCAUGUUUGUUUUUCGUUGGUGUUUUUAUAAGUGCAAUAUAUCCUCAGUUGGAGUUAGUGGUACUAUAAAUCAGUUAUUUUUUUGUUGUUGUUUUUGUUUUUUGUGACAGGUUGUGAUCAAUUUUUAUGUGUUGUGUCCAAACUUGAAUGCGCUAGGAGCAUGCAGACCAAAUUUGUAUCGUCAUGUACUUGUAACGCUUUGGCUGGGUAAGACUUGCACAAUAAACUCAGUCAAACCAAGAUCAGUGUCUG